AUGGAUCCCGCUGGUGGGCAUGUACCUCGUCGAGCUCGUUUUGGUAUAGGGGGAGGACUUGAGCAAUUGGCUAAUGUUUUGCGAACUGCCCUUACUGGUAGAUCAUCGAAUCGCACCUAUAUUGAGAUUGCUACCAGUCAUGGUAUUCCAGAGCUUAAGGUAGUGGGAGCCUGUCCGGAGGCUGAGGAAUGGUUAGAGCAGGUGGAAGAUACUCUGGAGGGUAUGAGAUGUCCACCAGGUGAGUGGGCGGAGACUGCUGGGUUUUUUCUUAAGGGUCCUGCAAAGAUUUGGUGGAAAGGAGUGAAGCAUUCUCGUCCACGAGGCACUUCGAUGACUUGGGUGGCAUUCCGGAAAGCUUUCAGUGCACAUUUUCUGAGUCCCAGUUAUCAGUUGAGGAUGAGACAACAAUUUCUGGAGUUUCGUCAAGGCGAUCUGAGUAUCACAGAGAUGGAUAAUACUUUUCGACGCCUGUCGAGACACCAUCCGGUGACUUAUGAUAACCCGAGUGAGAAGAUGGUUCAGUUGCUGGUUUGUUUGAACCCUGAUUAUCGUGAACGAGUGGCAGCUAUAAGGCACAGAAGUUAUGAGGAAAUGAUUGAGACUUGUUUGAGGAUUGAACAAUCUAGGUGGGAGACUCAGCACCAGGAGGAGCAGGCGCAGUAUCAGGAACCACCCAGAUAUCAGGAACAACCUCGGAACCAGAACCAGAGAGGUCAUGGUUUUAGAUCUCGGAGUGUGAGGAAAUCUGGUAGCUCUUCUAACUUUGUUGGCCCUAGACACUCUCAUUCCUUCAAACGUCAGGGUCAAGGUUCAGGUUCUUCCAGCGAGGGUUCGGGUAAUGAAUCAGGGAGGCGAUAUUUCAGUCAUUUUCGAUCGCAGGUUACGUGCCACAGGUGUGGAGGCAUGGGACAUAUUGCCAGAUUUUGCCCUUCAGGACAGCCUGCUGAGAGUUAUGCAUCGGUGCCGAGUUAUGGUGGAGGGAGUAAUCCGAGUUCUAGCUAUGGAGGUAAUUACACUCAGAGUUAUGGUGGAAGUGGAAGUGGAAGUCAGAAUACCCAAUUUUCCACUCAGAGACAGCCGCAACAGUUUGGUGCAGCUUCGAGUAGCCGCUCUCAGGGGAAUCGAGCAGGCCGUAAUAAUCAAGGUUUCAGAGCUCGUGGUAACCGUAACAGUGGUGGAGGACGUCAGUUUCAUGGACGUAUCAACGCCAUGACACAGCAGGAGGCUGAUCAGGAUCCUCAAGUCAUUACCGGUAUGUUACUUAUUUGUGGUAACUGGGCGAGGGUUCUAAUCGAUCCGAGUGCUACUUUUUCUUUUGUGUCUUCAUCUUUUGCACCGAAUUUAAAUGCACCACCUACACCUCUUGGUUAUGAUAUGCUUGUGCAAAUGCCGCAAGGGGAUCUGUUUUGUGCUCAGUGGGAGUAUAAAAGUUGCCCAGUGGUAGUGGAAGGGGAAAUGAUGGAGGCUAAUCUGGUCCCUUUUCAUUUGGCGGAGUUCGAUGUGAUUUUGGGGAUGGAUUGGCUAUCCAGGCACCGGGCCUAUGUCGCAUGUUGGGAGAAAUCUGUGACGUUCAAUCGACCUGGACGACCGUCAAUCACAUUUCAGGGUGAGCGACGAAUCCUUCCUAGUAGUAUUAUUUCCGCUAUUCAGGCUACUAGAUUGUUGAGUAGGGGAUGUGUGGGAUUCUUAGCUCAUGUAGUAACGAGGGAUAAAUCUUCGUUACGUCCUAAGGAUGUGCCAGUGGUGAAGCAUUACACCGAUGUUUUCCCGGAGGAUUUACCAGGGUUACCGCCUGCGAGGGAAAUUGAAUUUACCAUCGAUUUACUUCCAGGAACAGACCCUAUCUCUUUAGCACCUUAUCGCAUGGCACCGGCGGAGUUGAGGGAAUUGAAGGUUCAACUUCAGGAAUUGGUGGAUAAAGGUUACAUCCAACCCAGUAUGUCUCCCUGGGGUGCUCCUGUUUUAUUUGUUAAAAAGAAGGAUGGAUCGAUGAGACUUUGCAUCGACUAUCGGCAGUUAAACCGGGUGACGGUGAAGAAUCGAUAUCCUUUGCCUCGGAUCGACGAUCUGUUCGACCAGCUGAAGGGUGCUCAGAUAUUCUCUAAGAUAGAUCUUCGCUCAGGUUAUCACCAGUUGUUAAUUCGGGAGGGAGAUGUACCGAAGACUGCUUUCCGCACUAGGUAUGGACACUUUGAAUUUCGUGUCAUGCCUUUCGGACUGACGAAUGCACCUGCAGCAUUCAUGGAUUUGAUGAACAGAGUUUUCAGACCGUAUUUGGAUCGGUUUGUGAUUGUGUUCAUUGAUGAUAUUCUGAUCUUUUCCAAGAGUGUCAGCGAGCACAAGAAGCAUUUGAGGUUGGUGUUGGAAAGGUUGAGCAGUGAGCAGUUGUAUGCUAAGUUUAGCAAGUGUCAGUUCUGGCUAACCCAAAUUAGCUUUCUCGGUCAUGUAGUAUCUGCUGAGGGGAUUAGUGUGGAUCCUCAGAAGGUGUCAGCAAUAACUACGUGGGAGCAACCGAGGAAUGUUACUGAAGUGAGGAGUUUUCUAGGUCUGGCUGGCUAUUACCGAAGAUUUGUUAAAGGUUUCUCAGCCAUUGCCUUACCUCUGAAUAAGUUGACUCGAAAGGAAGUGGAGUUUAAGUGGGAUGAAGAUUGUGAGCGGAGUUUUCAGGAACUGAAGCGAUGUCUUACUCAAGCUCCCGUUCUUACUCUUCCAGACGAUAGCGGUGAGUUUGAUAUCUACACGGAUGCAUCAUUAUCAGGUUUGGGUUGUGUACUGAUGCAGCAUGAUAAAGUCAUUGAUUAUGCUUCCAGACAGCUCAAAAUUCACGAGAGAAACUAUCCCACUCAUGAUUUGGAACUUGGUGCAGUAGUGUUUGCUUUGAAGAUCUGGAGACAUUACUUGUACGGUGAGAAGUGUCGUAUCUUUACUGAUCAUAAGAGCCUCAAGUAUAUCUUUACUCAGAGGGAUUUGAAUUUGAGGCAGAGAAGAUGGAUGGAACUUAUCACUGAUUAUAACUGCACGAUCGAGUAUCAUCCCGGACAUGCCAAUGUAGUGGCAGAUGCACUUAGUCGGAAAUAUCAUGGAUAGCUUGCAUCUCUCCAAGCUAUUCAUGUUCCACUACUAUUUUCUCUUCGAGAAACAGGCUUGUCGGUGAGACCGGGU